AUGCCAGGUCCACCCGAUGCAGUUAAUGGCAUGGAAGAUGUAGUGACUGCGCCGUUCAAGUAUUUGGAAAAGGCGCCCGGUAAAGAUUUACGGAGCUUGCUGAUAAACGAGUUCAACAAGGCGCUCGAGGUGCCACCCGAACCUCUAGAGGUGAUCACCCGGAUCAUCAAAACUUUACAUACCGCCUCCUUACUUGUUGACGACGUCGAGGACUCUGCGACGCUACGUAGGGGAUUGCCUGUCGCGCAUGCUAUCUAUGGGAUCCCGCAGACCAUCAAUGCCUCGAACUACAUGCUUUUUGUGGGUCUGCAGGACGCCCUGACGCUUGGCAUCGACGCAGUAGCGAUUUUUACCGAAGAAAUUAAAAACUUGCACAUGGGCCAAGGCAUGGAUCUGUACUGGCGUGAUAACUACCACUGCCCAUCUCUUGAAGAGUAUAUCCAAAUGGUUCUAAACAAGACUGGGGGCCUGUACAGAAUGGCAGUGCGUCUUAUGCAAAGCCAGAGCUCGGAGUCGAUUGAUCUCGUUCCCCUAGCCAAUGAUCUGGGUGUGUUGUAUCAAAUUCAAGACGAUUUCCUCAAUUUGCAGAGCGCCAAGUACACUACCAACAAAGGCUUUUGUGAAGACCUUACUGAGGGCAAGUUCUCGCUGCCAAUUAUCCAUUCGAUCAGAAGCGACGAGACCAACAGCGAGCUCCUGAAUAUACUGCGUCAAAGAACAACAAGUAUGUCGUUAAAGCGACACGCUCUGGAGUACAUGGAGUCCACGAACAGCUUCGAGUACACGCGCCAACUGAUGAAGCAGUACGAAUCGCAGGCACGUGACCACAUCAACGAACUGAAUCUUACUUUUCUACACGAUUUAAUUGACAAAUUAGUUCUCGUUUAG